CGGAGCCGGAGCCAGAGCCAGAGUCUGAGGCGGAGACCCAACCUGUUGCGGACGACACUGAAGCAGAGGUUUUGGAGGGGAGUGAUGACGCUCAUGUCGAGGAAAGUCUGGAGGCCGCUACGGCUGCGAGCGAGACAGCAGAGGCUGCGAGCGAGGCCGUGUCCCGAGAGCCAGAAAGUCUGUCAGAGCCGCAUCCCGAGACCGAGCGGGAGUUCCAGGAGGGGGACGAAGACGAAGACGAGGAUGAAGACGAGGACGAGGACGAGGAUGAGGAACCCGCCGGGCGGGAGAAGCAGGACAAGGUGAAGAAGGUGAAGAGCAAGGAGUCACGGUUCCGGCCCUCCCUGCCACUGACCACGAUCGUCGAGGAGGCGGCUGCUCCAGCCCCACAGGCUGAGAAAGAGAAAGCAAAGGAGUCAGAGCAGAAGCGAGGUAGCGAGGAGAUCCGGGCGACAGGUCGAGAACAACACAAGAAAAGCAAAGAGGAUGAGGACAUGGAAGAGGAAGACAAUGAGGACUUCGAAGACUUUGAGUGGUCUGCAGAUGUUCGGAAGCUGCAAGAGGAGCAGCUGCGCGGUGAGCUAGUGAACCAGUACCACACCCUGCUGUUGGAGCGGAACCGGUACCAGCGCUACAAUAUGUACCUACAGCAGAAGAUCUCCGAGACGCUACGAAAGAAGGGCCUGGAAGCAGCUGAACCUGUGGACAAGAGUGCGGAACCAGAUUCUCCCGAGAAAGAGCAAGCAUACUUGCGUUAUCUGGCCAUGCUGGAGGAACUGAAAAAACAAGAGGCGGACGACCUACAGUGGUACCGUCAGGAGGUGCGUGAGAUGAAGCAUCAGUGCCAGGAGAAGCAGGCCAGGGUGGAGAAAGAGUGGCGGCGCUUCCAGGCCCUCAAGAAGCAGGUGGUGAUGCAGGUAAUGGGCAGCUGCCGCAUGCGCGGUGGACGCCAAGCGGCUCUGAGAGAGGUGGAACAGAUCCAGGCGCUGGAGGAUAAAAAAGAGAAGGAGAUGAGCGCAUUGCGUCUCGAGAACGUGCAGCUGAAGCAGAGCCUGGUACACUUUGAAACUAGGAUGAAGGCCCAGGAAGAUUUGGCUGAGGGGCUGCUCCUCAUCGACUUUGAACAGCUCAAAAUUGAGAACCAGACCUUCAACGAGAAAGUCGAGGAACGAAAUGAGGAACUUCUAAAACUGCGCAAUAAGGUGACCAGCAACGUGCAGAUUAUAACCCACGUGAAGGAAAAGCUGUCUUUCAUAGACAUGGAGAACUCAUGCAAAAAGGCACAACUUUUGGAAAUUGAAGCCCAGGUGGCUCUGGGAAGAGAUCUAUUGACAAAGACGAAGCAAACCCGAGACAGCUUGCGAAUUGACAACAUCAAACUGAAUCAGAAAAGUGGGCUUCUGGGUAAGGAAUCACUCCUCCGAGACUUAGAAGAAAAGGUGGAUAAGACAGAAUUUCUCAACAAGCGCCUGGAAUCCCUGAAGCGCCAUCAUGCAGGGCUCACCUUGUCCUGCAAAGGGGUGAAGCAAAAGAUCAGGGAGGCCAAAAUGUUCCUCCCCUCUUGACAGUCGUUGACAGGACAGCUGGCAAAACCUCCAAAACUCUAGAAACUUUGUCCCCCACUCUCUUCUGCCCUCCCAUUUUCAUUCUAUAUGACUUGGGAUGCAACUUUUUUUUGUCAUUUCCAGCUUCCAAAUUCCUCCUGAACACAUCAGUUAGUAGUAGUUCUACAUGAGGUUAAGUAAAAUAUAUGGAGAGAGAGAAAGAGAGAGAGAGAGAGAGAGAGAGAGAGAGAGAGAGAGAGAGAGAGAGAAGAGAGAGAAGAGAGAGAGAGAGGCGAGGAGAGGAGAGGAGAGGAGAGGAGAGGUGGUUAAACCGACUAAUGAUGAAAAGCCUUCCUAGCCAAGCAGUCCCAUAGUCUAGAAGAGUGUUAGAACUGUUCCUUGUUUAACCAGUAGCCAAAGUACAGAAAAUCCCUGUGCAUUGGUCUGAUCACUCAGUCAUCUUUGUACUAAUUAAAUUGUAUAAUCUUGAAUCACUGUCUCAAUUAGCUCCCAAAUUCUCUUCAUCUCUCUUCAUCUCAUCUGUGGGUGUUUGUGGGCAUGUGGAGGCCAGAACAUACCAGUAUUUCUUGCUCUUCACCUUGAUUUUUUGAGACAGGGUCUCUUACUCAACCAGGAUCUUGCAGUUUGGUUUAGACUGCCCAGCUGGCAUGACAAUCUUAGGAUCUGCCUGUCUCUGUUGCCCAACACAGGGGUUAUUGAAAUGCAAGGCCAAGUCUGGCUUUUUAUAUGGGUGCUGGGGAUUUGAAUUCAGAUUCUCAUGCUUUCAAACAAACACUCUUUCUUACCUUCUGAGCCAUAACCUGCAUCAGCAAUCUGGCUGUUGGCACUACAUAACCCUACUUCCUUUAGAUGACACAAUUUUGUUUGCUAAAGUAUAUUGGCUUUGAAGUCAAUGAAAGUUAAAAUCCCUUUUCUGACUUCCAUGGCUAGAACACACUUUACAUAAGACCAUUCAAAUGCAUAACUGAGAAUAGCUCAAAAAUUGAUUUCUCCCAUCUACUUCCUCCCCUUAGUUGCUGCAAUUUUGAUUUUCCCUCUACCCUGUCCAUCAAGACUGUAGCAAAGCAGUAAAUUGCUGCAACUGGAAAUGUCGUCUUAGUGACUCCAACAGCAGAGGGCCCCAGGCAGGAUUCUGUAGUUGGGGAUGCUCCCAAGUGAAACUGGCAUUAGUACUAGAAGUGACAAGAAUGUUUUUCAUUGUAAUGGUGUCCUUCAGUGUUUUGAUUCAUUCAGCUGAUUUCUCCCCAUCAGCUACUGAAUGCUCCCUCGUGAACCUUGAACAAAGUGAGCAGUGGGUCAUGCAGGGCACUAAAGUUAGCAUGCCCUAAGUUGCAAAUGUGUCCUAUUAUAUAGUAAGUCACCAGUAGGUCCUCAAUCACAGCACCUCAUGCUGGAGGGAUUACAACUAAUUACAAGACACCCUUCAUUUUUGAUUACUUCCCAUGUGGUUCUAAUUAGAUUCAUGAUGAGUGCUUGAUCAUGAAAUUUCAUCAAGUAGUUAAGGGCCUGUAAAUGUAGACACUGAACACAUUCUGCCUGAUAUUUUAAGUGUACAUGCAUGAAAAGUGUCCCUUUCAAUAGCAAAGGAAGGCUGUAACAUAGCCACCUACUCAGGGACAGCCUAAAGAAUUGGACUUGCUACAAUCUAGAUUAUGUAAGUAGAAAUAGGUUUGUGUAAGUUCAUCUGCAGAUAAAAAUUUAAGAUUUUGACACUGGUAUUCGCUACCUGUCCAUAAAAUAGCAGAGUCAGUGCCUUCCAGCUAAGUACUGCUUAUGUAUUUAACCUCAGAAAGUUCCAGAGUGCAAGUGACACGGAUACUAUGAAAGGAAAGCACCUUGGAGCACAUGAGCUGUGCAGUGACCAGUCCAUGUCCCUUCAAAAUAUCCUUAUUUAAAUAAUGACAAAAUAUGUGCACAUUUUAAUAAAAUUGCACUAAUUAUAUUUGGUUUUGUUUUGUUUUUCAAGGGAGGGUUUCUCUGUGUAGCCCUGGCUCUUCUGGAACUAGUUCUGUAGACCAGGUUGACCUCAAACUCAGAGAUCUGUCUGUGUCUGCCUCUGCCUCCCAAGUGGUGGGAAUAAAGGCAUGCACCACCAGCACUGCCCCUGCUCAAUAAAAUUAUACUCCCUAAUUUUUAAAAAACUUUAGAUAGGGUCUCACUAUAUAGGCCAACUGAUCCCAAAUACUAGUAUUACCAAUUUCAACUUUAACAUUUUGUUCAAAUACUGUCAAGAAGGAAUUAGGUAUACCUAAAAGAUAUGGGAAUGCCCAAACUAUGAUGCUGCUGACUUAAAUGUCUGAGACUCACUGUACUGAUUCACAAAAUGUAAAAGCAUUUGAAAAAAAAGGGUGCCUUUCUUUGGAUGAUAAAAUUAAAAGGAAUCCUGGGGGAAGGGAGGCUUUGUUGGUUGAUUUAAGGAGAGCAGUACAUCAUUCCAGAAUGAGCUACCAGUGGGCAGUUGCUGGCAGUGCUGACAGAAGAGAUACAUACAUACUAUGUAAUGGCCAUGUCCCAUGUAAUUCAGCAAGCCUGAAUAACAUCAAAUAUUUCAUACAUAUUUAGGCACUUCCAGGUUUUGAUGAGGUCCCUUUAAGAACUGGUCUUAGGCUCUAAGGCUGCCCUCUGCUGGGCAGGCCCUUGCUCGCUCUUGUCCACCUGAAAGCUUUGCUCAAGGUUCAGCUAU